AUGUCGGGGUUGAGUUUCCAACCUGCUGUACCUGGUAGCAUGGUUCAGAUCAUGGGCAUCCAAUGGCCUCCUCCCGUCAUGCCUGGUAUCGGUCCGUUCGAACGUGAGAUUUCCCUGGAAAUCGAGUGUUUGUGUGGUAAGAUUUCCGCUACUAUUCACGGUCAUGUUCCCCUGCAGCGCAUCUGCCAUUGCCGCGAAUGCAAGAAAAUUACCGGUGGAACCCACGGUGACUUCUUGCUUAUCCGGAACAACAGCAUGCUCACUUGGAGGUGCAACACUGCAGAAUUGAAGGCUUUCUCUUACUAUGUCGGAGAGGAAGAAACAGAGAACAACGUCAAGAAUGUCUUCCGCUGCCCCACUUGUUUUACUCCCAUUUUCAUCGGUCAAGGCAACCCAAAUUCCAACAUAAUGCUGUUCUUCGUCGGCUGUCUCGCUGACCCCACGUGGCUGGAUGACCACAAGCCCGAUUCCGAGACUUUUACGGGUGACAGAUGCGCUUGGUUGCCGCGUAUAGCUCCACCCUCAGCUCCAUGCCCCGGGCCGCAACCCAAGUUGGAAUAG